AUGCGGAACCCCUUCUCGAGAUGCGUCCUAUUCGCCGUCGCGCUGUUAUUGCUGCUAGCUAUAUCAUGGAAGUCCGACCGUAUAGAGGAUGUUGGGUCGAGAAUAGUGAAGGCCGCUUCUACUCACAACAAUAAGGCUAGUGUGCCGCAACAACCUCUGGGCGAUGCUCCUCAAGCGAGCGACAAGGACAUCGCCCCGGUGUCGAACCACGUGAUGGACUGCAGUGUCAAUUCUACUCAUAUGGGUGAGUUGAAGGCCAAGUAUGAACUCGGAGACACCUUCCAGUAUUUGAAGCGAUAUGUCAAGAUCAACCGCCAGCCUAUUGCUCGAAAGUCGAUCACCAAGCUCACCCAGCCAUUCCUCCCCAAUUCUUUCACCACGGUUGAUUUGCAACAUCCGAGUACCUACGGAAGCGAACAAUGUAUCGAGCCUCUCCAAGUUCCGGUUUCCGAGUCGCCGUAUCCCGCCACCGGUAAUCUAACCGACUUUAUGUUCGGCGUGUCAACCACAUUCAAGCGAUUUAGCUCGGAUAAGACCAGCCCAGUUAAUGAAUGGACGUACUGGUUGACUGAUGGCAAGGGAAAUUCCAAUGGUGGCAAGUUGGUACUGUUACUGUUGGACGCGACCGAGGAUCAGAUUCUACACGCUAGAACAAUUCUGCACCACGCCGGAAUUGACGUCGAUGUUUACCAUUCGGAUUCGUCUAUGGAAAUGGCCGUUCGCUACCUUACUCUCAUUCCGACGUUAUAUAACCACCCGGAACGAGUGAACAAGAAGUGGCUCGUGUCGUGCGACGAUGACACCUUCUUCCCCAGUGUUCACGCACUAACCAAGAAAUUUGAGUCCUACGAUCCCGAUGAGAUGCUUUACAUUGGCACUCUAUCUGAGGACGUCAACAACGUUGAUCGUCACGGAUCACAGGCAUUUGGUGGUGCCGGUGUCUUCCUAUCGGUGCCACUAGCAGCUCAGAUUACGAAGGAUUACGAGACUUGUAAGACUGACGAGAAGAUUCACGAAUCAAACUCGGGUUGGGGUCCUCAGGGUGAUAUUCUUCUUCGCAAGUGCAUUUACGAAAAUACCGAUGUGCGUCUAUCUAUCCUUCGAGGUCUUUACCAGCUUGAUCUAUAUGGAGACCCGUCUGGUUUCUACGAAUCCGGUGUUAAGCCCAUCUCUCUCCACCACUUCAAGGGUGGCGGGUGGCACUCGGCCCUGCCCUGGGAAUACACAAAGAUCGCUCACAUUUGUGGCGAAGACUGCACUCUUCAGCGAUUCCAGACAAGUGACAACUACAUCAUCUCGACUGGAUUUAGUGUUGCUCAGUACCCCCUGGGCACCAACUUCAACCUUGCUCAGAUGGAACGGACAUUCGCUGCCGCGCCCCAGGAUAAGGGGUGGAACUUGGACUACGUUUUCGACCCGCAGCGACCUAGCCUUUUGAAGACCGGUCGCAAGAUUAGCUGGGACCUCCAGGAAGCGCGCGUGAAUGAAGAUAACACGGUCAGUCAUACUUAUGUGCGAAAGGCCAACGACUGGAGAUGGGUUGACCGAAACGGCGAGCAAAUGACUCAGCUCGACGGUAUAAUAGAGCUUGUUUGGAUCCCGUAA